CGGUAAGAGAGAGAUGGGUCUGCUUCAAAAGUUUUACGCCUACGUAUAGCAGAAAUAUUCAGUUUAAUAUAUAGUGUUUUUUAAAAGGCUUUUAGCUUUUGUGAUAGUAAUGCUGAGUGUUUUCAAUCACUUUACAGUCGGGAUUUUCCGGUUUUACAAGAAAGUUUAAAACAUCAGCGUGUCGACUUUUUGCCAAAACAGCUUCAAGCGGAUUUAUAUUCAGAUUUGUCGCUGUGAGGUGUUUGUGAAAGUCUCCACGAUGACAGAGCGGACUCCUCUCCUCCACUACCGCCUCGCCUCCAGCGUCAAUGAAGCCGAGCUGCGGUCGCCUCUGGCCGGUCAGGCCCCUGCACAGCUGCCGCGGAGCCCCCGGCGGAGGUCUCCCCUCCAGCGACAGCCCAAGAAACUGUCCACCUUCUUCGGUGUGGUGAUCCCCACCCUGCUGUCCAUGUUCAGCGUGGUGGUGUUUCUCCGACUCGGAUUCGUGGUGGGUCAGUCUGGACUGUACCAAGCUAUUGCAAUGUUCCUGGUUGCCUACUUCAUCAUCAGUAUGACUGUACUGUCAGUGUGCGCCAUCUCUACCAAUGGAGCCCUGGAUGCUGGAGGAGCCUAUUACAUGAUCAGCCGAGCGUUGGGUCCAGAGUUUGGCGGCAGUAUUGGCAUCAUGUUCUUUUUGGCAAAUGUGUGUGGCAGUGCCCUCUAUGUGCUGGGUCUAGUGGAAGCCAUUGUGGCAACUUUUGGACUUCCAGAAGUAGAUGGGGCACUAGCAGCUUCUUCCUACCAGGUUUUACCAUCCGGCUACUGGUGGUCUUUGCUUUACGCCACAGGCGUGGCUCUGCUCUGUCUGCUGGUAUGUUUGGUGGGAGCCCACAUCUACGCCAAGGCCACCUUCCUCAUUUUCCUAGUGGUCAUGUUCGUCCUGUGCACCAUCUUCAUCAGCUUCUUCACUGUGCACGCACGCAACAUUGUCCUGCCUGGUUCCUCCACAGCCAAUGGAACUGGAGCUGUGUCCCCCACCACAGCAAACUUUACUGGCUUCAAGUUGGACACGCUGAAGGGGAAUCUGUGGGCUGACUACACAGUGGACUACACAACAGGAACUAUGAUGACAUUUGCCACUGUUUUUGCAGUUAUGUUUAAUGGCUGCACUGGCAUCAUGGCUGGCUCCAACAUGUCAGGAGAUCUAAAGAAUCCCAGCUACUCCAUCCCUCGUGGCACCAUCACAGCAGUCAUCUUCACCUUCAUCAUCUACAACUUGCUGAGUGUGCUGGUGGCCUGCACCUGUGAUCGUGUCUUACUUCAGCGGGACUACAGUUUCCUAAGAGACAUCAACAUCUGGAAGCCAUUUGUCACCAUUGGAGUUUAUUCCUCCACUCUCUCCGCUGCCAUGAGCAAUCUAAUCGGUGCUUCACGUAUCCUCUAUGCCUUGGCCAAGGAUGACUUGUUUGGUAAAGUGUUGUCUCCGGCUAAAAAGACGUCUCGUUCCGGAAACCCCUGGGUCUCAGUGCUUAUCUCAUGGUUCGUAGUGCAGCUGGUGCUGUUUUCAGGGAAGCUCAACACCAUAGCCAGUAUUGUGACCAUUUUCUUCCUGCUGGUCUAUGCGGCUGUGGACUUGGCUUGCCUCGCUCUGGAAUGGGCCUCUGCACCUAAUUUCAGGCCCACCUUUCGUUACUUCACCUGGCACACUUGCGUAUUGGGCAUCGUGGGUUGCGCAAUCAUGAUGUUUUUGAUCAACGCCAUCUAUGCUUCGGCAAGCAUCGCCUUCAUGCUGGUGUGGCUCCUGCUGAUUCACUACCUGAGUCCCACCUCCAGCUGGGGAUACAUCAGCCAGGCACUGAUCUUCCACCAGGUGCGCAAGUAUCUGCUGAUGUUGGACGUUAGAAAGGAUCAUGUCAAGUUCUGGAGGCCGCAGAUCCUACUGAUGGUUUCUAACCCUCGCAGCAGUGUUGGCCUCAUCACCUUCAUCAACGACAUCAAGAAGAGCGGCCUCUAUGUGCUGGGCCAUGUCCAGCUGGGAGAUCUCGACACUUUACCCUCUGACCCGCUACAGUCCCAGUAUGACUCUUGGUUGUCAUUGGUGGACCAUCUGAACAUCAAAGCCUUCGUCAACCUGACGCUCGCCGAUUCUGUGCGCCAUGGUGUCCAACAUCUCCUCUUCAUCUCUGGACUAGGCGGGAUGCGUCCCAACACACUCGUCCUGGGAUUCUACGAUGACAGUCUUCCGAAGGACAAGUUGAUCGAGCCGUCCUCCAUUACUAGUCAGACCACAGAUCCUUCGGACAGCAAUGAUGUGUUUGACCAGCAGUCCCCCCUCUUCCACUUUGCCUCCUUGCGUGGAUCCAGCGACAGGGAGGAUUUUGGUGAACAUGGGGACGGGAAGGUUCUGGGACCCCAGGAAUAUGUAGCGAUUAUUGCAGAUGCCGUGAAGAUGCUUAAAAAUGUGGUGCUGGCCCGAAACUUCAACCAUUUUGAUCGUGCUCAGGUCCUCUCAACAUCUUCAUCCUUUCCGGGGAUGGGCACCGUGUAUGUUGACGUGUGGCCGGUCAACCUCCUGCGUCCUGACAGCUGCAGCUAUGUGGACACCUGCUCCCUGUUCCUCUUACAACUAGCCUGUAUCCUAAACAUGGUGCGAGCCUGGCGCAAAACGACACUGCGUCUCUUCCUGUGUGUGGAGGAGGGCCGGAGCCUGAAGGGCCCCGAGGAGAAGCUGGGCCAACUGUUGAAGGAGUUGCGAAUUAAAGCUCAUGUCUACCCUGUGCCAUGGGACCAACAGGUGGCACUACACUGGCAGCGCCAAGGGGAGUGGCGAAAAAAGAAGCCGCCACAUUUUGCCGGUGAAAAAACCCCGGAGGAGGAGGAGGAGGAGGUGGAGAAUGAAGAUGAUUACGUCAACAGCUUCCCGAGUAACUCAGCGCGACUUUCUGACGACUACAUGUCAGCUGUCAAUAAAUUGAUCCUGGACCAGGAGCGGCCCCCUCCUGCUGUACGUUUCCUGUAUCUGCCACGCCCUCCAGCCGAUACCCGUCGCUACACCGUGUACUUACACCAGUUGGAUCUGCUGACCCAGAACCUGGGUCCAACGCUUCUCAUCCACGGUGUCACGCCUGUCAUCACCACUGACCUUUGACCUGUCGCCUUGCUAACAAUACCUUGCACAUUCCAAGAAGAUGUGCCAAUUACAUGCACAGACUGUGAGCUUCCCAGUGUCCCAGCGGGCUGCCAAUGGUAGGACAGCAUCAUUUCAGACCUCAGCAGUGUCCUGGUGCAAAUUGCUGCCAAGGGCAUUCUGGGUGGAAAAAUAAAUCACUGAAAGUUGACGUAGAUUGCCACAAUACAACUGACUGUGUCUAAUAAUUUGGACUUCUAAAAAGGAUAUUUCUGUUCCUAGUCUAUUUAUAAAAUAAGAAUAAUGAAGUUGGGAUUUUACAAAAUUAUUUCUUAGUCCAGAUUUUCCAUUAUUGCUAUCUACCUUCUGUGUUUCCUGCUUGUAAUUCCAAUAUUUUCCAAUAAGCAGAUGAAAUCAGGAUGAACAUCAGUGGUCAAUCCAAAAUUGAAUGUCGCCUGUUGUGCCACAAUAAAUAUUAGGUAAAUGUGCCAAGCAAGCUCCUGUCUGGAGUUGAUUGGCCGGUUUAAUGCGUUAUCACAGUUUGUUUUUUUUAUGCCAAACAAUUUGCUGUGCCAACAGGUCGUCUGAUCUUCCAUUCCGAUCUUCUUUGUAAGCUUUUCCACAGUACAGUGGUGAGGCCUUUGAUUCCUGAUCCAGCUUCUGAUGAACUUCAUUCAUUUGUUUAACGUUCCAUUUGUGUGUGUGUUCUAUUACUCAGAUUACUUAAACGAUCAUUCCAUAUGCUCUGUGAUCAGAAGUGCCUUGUUUAGCUCACAUUUGGAGUCUCUGCUGUAGACAGAAACUUGGACUGGGUUACAGUAAUUUACAGGAAGUCUGGUUUUUCACUUCAGGCGGAGUACGAAUUAUGAAGAAAGGAAAUGACUGAAUGUUAAUCGCAAUGGUGCUACGGACUCAAACAUUGAAAUCUGAGAUCAGUUUAUGUUUUCUGCAAAGGACUUUUGUCAUUUCUCUGCCAAAACGUACAUUGUGGAGCUCUCCAAAAUGAAUUGUUUACAGAGUAAUUAAUUACUGUAAUCAUCUGAAACUGAGAGUUCAUUCCUUU